AUUUCAGUUACCAACGGCAUCUAUUUGGAAAGAUGGGACCGGAUAGAUUACAAGCGUGUUAAAUUCCUUGUCAUGGACCCUCGUUAUCCAAGGCUGCCAUCGAAAACAAUAUGUCUUCCUGAAUUUCAGCAACCGCAGCGUUGGGCUGAUUAUUUCGGUGCUCGAGCAAGGACGUAUUUUGUUCCACAGCAGACUGGAAUUUACUACUUCAUGCUCUGUAAGGAUAUUUUGAUAUUUAAAUUACUAACUCUGUCAUGUUUGACUGGUUUUAAAAAAUUUGCCUUCGAGCCCGAAAACUGGCUCCUGGGGCCCGUUCAUCCCUCGAAAGGCGAAAUUUGAAAAUCGAAGGCAAAUUUGAAAAUCAUUACCUAAGCAAAAUUGACCGGUUACGUUUGUGUGGUCCCUGCGUGCUACUCAAGAAUGUUGUGAUUCGCUAACCGAUAGGUUUAUUCUAUCAUUUUCAAAAUUAUUGAAACUUUGACCUUGCAUGCAAACAGUUUGGUUCAAAAAAUAAGGGGGGGGAGGGACCUGGGCCCCCCGUGCCCCUCUCCUGGAUCCGCCACUACUAAAGAAGGCACGGAUAGACAAACUUGAAAAAGAGUGUAACGGAUUGCAAUUAUCUUUUUUUCUAAAACUUGUCAGUCUAAUUGUUUUUCAAAGUUCAUUUUGUUGUUUGUAAAGCAACCCUUUGUGAUUUUGUCAUUAGAGUUUAAGCUUCACGUAUACGGCGAACGGCAAACGUCAGGUUCGAGUUGAAAAUUUCCCCGGAAAAUUUCUCAAAAUAGAAAAAGAGUAGAUAAAAGAGCUCAAAAGCAAUUCUUAUGAAUAAAAGAUUGCGUGAAACUACUAAUUUAGGCGUAGAAAUAAUGAACAGUAAACGACAAGUAGAGAGGAAAGUUGGUCACGUGGUACGAGUUUGCGUUUGUCGUUUGACGUAAACCUGAUGCUUAACCUCCGUUAAGUAAAAAGUAAAAAUUCAACCAACUGACAUCAUGAACAAAAUGAACUAGACAGGCGUGACACAGAAAAGAAACUUAGGAAUCAAUGCAAACACCAUAUCUCUUUUUUCCAGCUUCUGACGCUGGAAGCGAGCUGUAUCUUAGUACCAAUGAGAAACCUGACUCAAAGUCAAAGAUUUCUCACAUAGAUGGAGGAUUUGCAACAUAUCCAUUUGAGUUUGACAGGUGA